UUAAAUAAACUAUUGAGUAAAAUUUUAAGUGAUCGCACUAAUAUUAUCUUUUUAGAUAUUAAAGUAUUUAAAGAUAUUAUUGUAUUAGCGUGCAGGGGGUUAAUAUUGCAAUCAGCGGAAGAAAUAAAAAAUGCUACUAGAAUCGAGCUUCAAGAAGUAAAAUAGAGUUUUAAAGUCGAUGAGUGAUGGACAAUUAUAAUAAUUAAAAUAAUGUGGAAGAAAACUCUGUUUGCGCGAAUAAUUAUUUGUUUAUAUUGGACGACUGUAGACACUGCUAGAAUAUUAGUGGUCGUUCCAACACCGUCAAUAAGUCAUCAAGUAGUUGUGCGGCCCUUUGUACAAGAACUUGUAAAACGUGGUCAUGAAGUUACUCUAAUAACAACUGAUCCAUCCUACGAAACAGGCAAGGCACCAGCAAACUUGACAGAAAUAGACGUACAUGAUAUAUCAUAUCAGCACUUUGAGGAUAUUCUUUUGCAUCACAAGGGAAAUCCAUCAGAAGUACUUAGUCAGGUUAUAAAAUUCUUAAAGCGACUUGGGUCUACAUUAGAUCUACAACUGCAAAGUCCAGAGGUUCAAGACAUACUUAAGAAACCCGAAAGUCACUUCGAUAUUCUUAUAUUAGAAGCAUGUAAUCGAGCUGCUCUUGGCCUGUCCCAAAAAUUUAAGGCUCCAGUAAUCCUAUGGAGCUCUUUUGGUGUAACUCCUGGUUAUUACAGUUAUUUAGGUGCUCCUAGCCACUCUCUCCUUUUUCCAACUUUAACUAGACAAAGACUUUAUAACUUGACACGAUGGGAAAAAUUUGUUGAAAUUGCACGAGAUAUUUUAAUAGAUUACUUAUUGGAAUCUAUAGAAGAUGAAGAUUUAAAAAUUAUUCGUAAGCAUUUUGGUGAAGAUACAGAUCUGAAAAAAUUAUACAAAAACAUCAAGUUAUUACUAAUCAACGAACAUCCAAUAUGGGCUGAGAACCGCCCUCUUCCACCAAACAUUCGUUACGUAGGUGGUAUUCAUAAGACUCCUGAUGAGGAAAUGACAAAUGAAUUGAAAUCAUAUUUAGACGCUUCUAAAAAUGGCGUCAUUUAUAUGAGUCUGGGUUCAAAUGUUUUACCUUCUCUUUUACCUAAAGAGAAACUAGAAAUAAUAAUAAAAGUUUUUGCCAAGCUACCAUACAACAUACUUUUAAAAUGGGAUGACGAGAAUAUAGCAAAUCAGCCUAGAAAUGUUAAAGUACAAAAAUGGUUUCCACAAUCAACACUUUUAAAGCACCCAAAUAUCAAAUUAUUCAUUACUCAAGGUGGAUUACAAUCGACUGAUGAGGCUAUCAAUGCUGGUGUGCCACUACUUGCCAUACCCAUGCUAGGAGACCAGUGGUAUAAUGCUGAAAAAUACGUUCGCCACAAAAUUGGUCUACAAAUAAACUUUGAAUCACUGGAUGAAAACAAUUUCCUAAAUGCAAUAACAACUAUUAUAACUAAUGAAAGUUACAAGCAAAACAUGCUAAGGCUUCGUAGUCUGAUGAGAGAACAUCCUAUACAGCCUGUGGAUCUGGCCGUGUGGUGGACGGAGCACAUCAUCAAGUACGGCGGCGACCAUCUCAUACCACCGAGCGCCUACUUGCACUGGACCGAGUACUAUGAAGUUGAACUUGUACUUAUAUGUUUAUGUGGUGCUUUACUAACUUUGUGUCUAUUGUUUUAUGUUAGUAAACUCAUUUUCAAGACGUUUGUUCGAUUUCUAAAGUUGAACGUAAAAAUAAAAACUAAAUUUGAGUACCGCAAGUUGGACGCUAUUAAAGAAGACACAAGAAUUCUUCAUAAACAUUUUGGAAAAAAUGCCGAUUUGAAUGAAUUACACAAAAGAAUUAAGUUAUUUUUAAUUAACGAACAUCCAAUAUGGGCAGAGAACCGUCCUGUAUCGCAAAACAUUCUGUUUAUUGGCGGUAUACAUAAGACCCCUGAUGAGGAAAUGACAGAAAAACUGAAAUCAUAUUUAGAUGCUUCCAAAAAUGGUGUAAUUUAUAUGAGUCUGGGUUCAAAUGUCUUACCUUCUCUUUUGCCUAAAGAGAAACAAGAAAUAAUAACAAAAGUAUUUGCCAAGCUACCAUACGACAUACUUUUAAAAUGGGAUGAUGAGCGUAUAGCAAAUCAACCUAAAAAUGUAAAAGUAAAAAAAUGGUUUCCACAAUCAACUCUUUUAAAGCACCCAAAUAUCAAAUUAUUCAUUACUCAAGGUGGUUUACAAUCGACUGAUGAGGCUAUCAAUGCUGGUGUGCCACUACUUGCUAUACCCAUGCUAGCAGACCAAUGGUACAACGCCGAAAAGUACGUUCGCCAUAAAAUUGGGCUACAGCUCAAUAUUGAAGCGCUAAAUGAAAAUGAUUUCCAAAACGCCAUAACAACGAUUAUAGCAGAUAAAAGUUACAAGCAGAAUAUGCUAAGGCUUCGUAGUCUGAUGAGAGAACAUCCUAUACAGCCUGUGGAUCUGGCCGUGUGGUGGACGGAGCACAUCAUCAAGUACGGCGGUGACCAUCUCAUACCACCGAGCGCCUACCUGCACUGGACCGAGUACUAUGAAGUUGAACUUGUACUUAUAUGUUUAGGUGUUACUUUAGCUACCUUUUAUAUACUAGCUUAUAUAAGUAAAAUUGCUUUUAAAUCUUUAAAGAGGCGAUUAAAAUCAAUGUUUGUAUUAAAAUCAAAAGUUCACUAG